AUGGAGCUUUCCGCACGACAUGCUCACUCAGUCCCUCUGGAUACAAAGUCAUUAGGACCAAUCUCAACUUUGGCACCCUUUUCGGCCUUGAUCAUCUCCAUCGUGCUGGUCAUCUUCUUCUUCCUUCGCUUCUACCUCCUCGAAGGCUUUCUCAUCCGUCGUCUAUAUGGCCCCAUCUUCACCCAGAUGAGCGAGCUAAACCGUCGAGGCUUCAUCAAUCAUCAUAUCGCCGGUGUCACCAAGCUCAUCAUUUUGAUUGUCGCCGCAUACCCCUUCAUCAGUAUUACUUUCUGCAGAGGCCCGUCAUUCAACACGCCCUUCGUCCAUGGCUCACCCGUGACACUGGGGGAUAUUUUGAUUGUUGUGUCUCAAAUGUUGAUUGGUAUCUACAUUUUUGAGUUGAUCUACCGUGUGAAGUUGUCCCCCGUGGCUGUGAUGCACCACAUUGGGACAAUAUUCAUUGGUCAAGCGGCCAUAGCGAUCAGUCUGCGACCGCUACGUGAACCGGAUGCCUACAUUGAGUUUGCCCUCUGUACUGUCUGGGGUGCAUUCGACGCUGUUUUCGAGUUAUUCCCCCAUGUCGCCAUAGUCCUUUACCGGAUCUUUCCCAAUAGCCACCACUUUCUCAGCAAUGUUUUCCUCUUCUCGUGUUUCUCAACCGCAUUGGGGACGGCCGCCGAAACUGUUGUGACGAUGUGGCUGUUUGCAAGUACGUGGGCCCGCUGGCGACUUGCCUUUAAGAUUGUCACCCCAAUCUUGCAUGUGGCAUUCUCCGCAGCACAAAUACAUGGCAGCCUUGUCUUCUGGCGGAUGUACCGCCGACAAAAGCGCCUCCAGAGGGAGACCGACGCCGAAGCAAGAGAUAGCGAUUUGAAGGGGGAAACUGAGAGCUCAAUAAAUGAUUGUCAAUGUGAACACCCAAGUGGGCAGAACAUGGAGGGGGAGGUCAAUCAUGAAUUGGUCACGGUAAAAUCAGGGGUCCCAGUUGUUGCUGCUGUUGAGAGGUCA